CUAUAAGAUAGUUUUUUGUCAAAAAAUAAAAAUAUGUCAAGACAUUACCCUGAAAGCUGUUUUGAAUGUAACAGUGGUUAUUGUUUUACUAACCUCAGUUCACAAUGAACCAAACUCUCAAAACUCUCAAAUCAAUGAGUUUGAUGGCCCUAACCAAUUUAAUCAACAACCUCCUUUCGUUGGUCCCAAACAUCAUAUUGGAUCUUUUCAACAACAUUCUCAUUACAUUGG